AUGGAGAAUCCGACAAUGAAACCAUCGAGUGUGCCAGACGAUAAGACUGUGGUGCUUAACGAUACAUACGGAACUCAUAUCGACCCGUACGCUGAGAAGAAGCUCCUUCGGAAAUGCGACCUUCGCGUUCUUCCGCCUCUCUUUGUUCUAUUCCUCCUAGCCUUUUUGGACCGUGUCAACAUCGGCAAUGCGAAAAUCCAAGGUUUGACCGAGGACUUGAACAUGACAGGCCCGUUGGCCUAUCGUUACAACCUCGCUUUAUCGAUAUUCUUCGUCCCCUAUGUCCUCUUUGAGGUACCGUCAAAUCUCAUCCUGAAAAAGAUGAAGCCUUCGACAUGGCUUAGCCUGAUCAUGAUAUGCUGGGGCCUUUCGACAGUCGGAAUGGGCCUUAUCACCAACUUCGGCGGUCUAUUAGCGAUGCGCCUUCUGCUAGGUCUUUUCGAGGCUGGUCUGUUUCCUGGAUGCCUGUACCUGAUCUCGAUGUAUUACAAGCGUUACGAGCUUCAGUGGCGCAUUACCCUCUUCUUCAGCGCGAGCAUCAUCGCAGGAGCAUUCGGUGGCCUCCUUGCAUUCGCUAUCGCCAAGAUGGACGGCAUCGCAGGCUACGGAGGAUGGCGCUGGAUCUUCAUCAUCGAGGGUGCCGUCACCGUUGCAUUCGGUGUCAUCAUGUAUUUCUGGAUUCCUGGGUGGCCCGAGAAAGCAGGAUUCCUAAAUAUGGAAGAGAAAACCCUUCUUCUAGCACGCCUCAACGCCGACACGGGUGAUGCUGUCAUGAACAGGUUGGACAAGAAAGCUGCGAAGCGAAUCUUCUCAGAUCCCAAGAUCUAUCUGGGGACUCUUGCAUACUUUGGGGUCGUCAACACCGGCACUGCUGGUUCAAUCUUCACUCCAACUAUCGUCAAAGGACUCGGUUACACAUCUUCCGCCGCCCAAGUACGCUCGAUACCUAUAUUCAUCGUGGCAACCAUUGCAGCCGUCGCAGCAGCCUGGCUGAGCGAUCGCAUGCGCCAUCGCUAUUGGUUUUGCAUGUUCGGACUCGUCGUCGCAUCAAUUGGUUACAUCAUGCUUCUCGCCCAAGAGAACCUCCCCGCUGGCGUGAAGUACUUUGCCCUCUUUCUCGUUACGCCUGGCGGUUUCAUCACUCAGCCCAUCGUGCUCGCCUGGAUGUCCAAUCUUGUUUCUGGACACUACAAGCGUUCCGUCAGCUCCGCUAUGCAAGUUGGAUUCGGUAACCUGGGAGGUGUCGUGGCCAGUAAUAUCUUUCUGGAAAGCGAACUGCCAGGUUUUCGGACGGGAUAUGGGACCAGUCUGGGCUUGUUGUGGAUUUGUGCUGCGGCUUGUACGGGGUUACUUUUCUUGGUCAAAUGGGAAAACGCGAAGAGGGAGAGGGGCGAGAGGGAUGGAAGGCUGCAAGAGGUGGAUGCGGACAACCUCGGUGACGAUCACCCAAUGUUCAGGCUUACAUCUUGA